GACGUCCAACUUUUUAUGGACCACAUAAUCAUCAUCUCAAACGCCAUUUGCAUUCUCAAUAUUCAAAAACUCAGACAAACAAAAACCAUGGCGAUUUCUUUAAACGCAUCACUUCAGCUUUCUUCUACUUUUCGCGGAGAUUUUAGUCUUCUCUCUACUUCACUCUCUUGUUCUUUUCCUGUGUCUGGUAGUUCUAGUUCGAGAAAACAGUCGGUUGUUUUUGCAAAGAGAUUAUUGGGGUUAGAGGAGGCCAUGAGAAUUCGGAGAGAAAGAGAACUCCGAGAGAGUAAUCCAGCAAAAAGAUCCCCAUUAAAGCGUGGAAGAGUAUCGCCUAGUCUUACCGUGCCCGAUCAAAUACAGAAACCCCCUUAUGUUGGUUCUGCUAAAUUGCCUGAGCUCUCAAAGGAAUAUCAAUUGCAUGAUUCUGAAGGUAUUGCUCAUAUGAGGGCAGCAGGUGAACUUGCUGCUCGUGUUCUGGAUUAUGCAGGAACUUUGGUUAAGCCAUCUGUGACGACGGAUGAAAUUGAUAAAGCAGUACACCAGAUGAUUAUUGAUGCAGGAGCUUAUCCUUCACCUCUGGGCUAUGGUGGGUUUCCAAAGAGUGUUUGUACUUCAGUUAAUGAGUGCAUGUGUCAUGGCGUACCUGAUUCUCGUCAGCUACAGGAUGGAGACAUAAUAAACAUUGAUGUCACAGUUUACUUAAAUGGUUACCAUGGAGACACAUCAAAGACAUUCUUAUGUGGAAAUGUCAGUAAUGCAAUGAAACGGCUUGUGAAGGUAACCCAAGAAUGUUUAGAGAAAGGAAUAGCUGUAUGCAAAGAUGGUGUCAGCUUCAAAAAAAUUGGAAAGACAAUCAGUGACCAUGCUGAAAAGUAUAAUUAUGGUGUGGUGGACCGAUUUGUUGGCCAUGGUGUUGGAACUGUAUUUCAUUCUGAGCCCGUCAUAUACCAUCAUAGAAAUAGGCGUCCAGGUGAAAUGGUCGAAGGUCUAACGUUUACAAUUGAGCCAAUUCUUACGAUGGGAAGCAUUGAUUGUAUUACAUGGGGUGAUAACUGGACUACUGUUACAAAUGAUGGCAGUCCUGCUGCGCAGUUUGAGCAUACCAUCUUGAUUACAAAGACGGGUGCUGAAAUCUUGACAAACCCCAAGUUUUCUGAAAUCACAUGCUGAAGAUGAUCAAAAACAGUUCUUAGAAGCUCACAACACGGCCCGUGCUCAAGUUGGGGUUGCUCCGCUUGCCUGAAACCAAACCUUAUCGGCAUUCGCCCAACAGUUUGCCGAUAAAAGUCAAGGAAAAAUGCGAUAACACAAUGAAGUCAGGCGGACCAUACGCCGAGAACACGGCGGGGGGAUACGGGGCAUUUAGGAUCAUCGAUGCUGUGAGCCAGUGGGUGCAGCAGAAGGAAAACUAUGAUCAACAAUCAAAUGUGUGUAAGAAUGGAAAGGAGUGUAAGCAAUACAAACAAGUGGUUUGUAAGGAGAGUAAAUAUAUUGGAUGUGCUACUAUACUUUGUGGGGCUGGUUGGCCUUUUGUAGUUUGUGAAUAUGAUCC